GCCUUGUACAUAAUAAUUUUCUUUCUUUCCGAAUAGUCGACAUUGCGUAUAAAUGUAAAUUUAUUGGUUAUAAUUUUGAUCACGAUCAAGGUUAUAAGGUAAUAAAGGCCCGUUCACAUUCUAUCAAUCAAACUCUUUUUUUUCUUCUUUCUAUUUACAGGAACCCGACCCCUGAGGUUACUAGUCAACCUGAUUAGGGGAGUUCGAUAAUUUGAACCCCUUUAUCAGGCUACCCGUAAUAAUACCCAUAGUGAAGUGUGAAGCUGCAGACACACGUUUUAAAAGUGCUUCCAUAUAUUGUUUUAAAAAGUAGUUUAACAGCAAAAUGAAAUAGUAAAAUUUAACUGGUAAUGUACAAAUAAAUGUUUUAACCAAUUAUAAUAUUUGGUUUGAGAAAUCUUUAAAAUAAUAGCGAAAAUUAUAUAUUGACAUUAUGAAGGUGCACCUACAAGAACUUUCAUCUGUAAAAGUCAUUAUCGACAAGGUGAAAGAAAUAGAUGAUCUAAAAAAGAAAAAUGCUCAACUCAAAAAGGAUAUAAAUUUUAUGAAAGACAGAACACCUAAAAAUGAUAGAAAAUUUGAAAAAUACAGCUUAAUUUUUUACGGAAUCGUACAUGGAAUAGAAGACGCUAAUGUUCUGCUGGAUUUAAUAAAUAUUAAAUUUGAACUUGUUUGUAAAUUUCAUGAUAUCAGGGAUUUUCAUAGAAUCGGCAGUUACAAUCCAAAUACCAAAAAUCCAAAUCUACUUCGUAUAGAAUUCGUUCAUUUUAAGUUGGUACAAAGUAUUCUUGGAAACCAAUCGUUUUUAAAGGCAUUGAGAAUUUUUAUUUCUAAGGAUUAUAUCCCAGUAGACUACCAGGCCCCUAAACUACUAUAUAUACUCCAAAUGAGCAAAAGUCCAUGAGCUAGAAUCAUAUAUCAAGAAAACUAAAUUAUAUGUCAACGAUAUACCAUAUACACCCGAGAAUCAAUUCAUUUUCGAAAUCUCCAGAACCUCUAAAAAAUCAGUAUCCGGAAAAAGAAAAAUGAAUGGAGCCCAACUAAGCAGGUAAACAACCGGACCACCCAUCAUAAUACAGAUAAUAAAAAUUUUAUUUUAGUGAUUAUUUUAACUUUUAGUACAGUUAUUCGCUCCCUACUUAUCCGUAGAUUUAAGAUUUGGAUUAUAAACAUUUUAUUCUGAUAUUUUUUUGU